UAGGUUUGUCCUACAUCCCGAAAUGACCUAUUGACGGGGAGAGAGCGCGGUACUGGACACAGCGAGGGACUUGGGGCUCGACAACGCGUUUUCGGUUAUCCCUGGAGUGGCUUUCUCCUGACCGUUCCAGGCUUGUCACCGUAAGGCCUGUCAUGGCUUCCAGUCACACUGUGUUGAUGCGGUUGGUAGCCUCAGCAUAUUCUAUUGCUCAGAAGGCAGGAGCGAUAGUCAGACGUGUUAUUGCUGAAGGUGACCUGGGUAUCGUGGAGAAGACCUCUGCGACAGACCUGCAGACCAAAGCUGACCGAUUGGUACAAAUGAGCAUAUGUUCUUCACUGGCCCGGAAGUUCCCCAAACUAACAAUUAUAGGAGAAGAGGAUCUGCCUCCUGAAGACGUGGAUCAAGAGCUGAUUGAAGAUGGUCAGUGGGAGGAGAUAUUGAAGCAACCGUGCCCGUCACAGUACAGUUCUAUUAAAGAAGAAGAUCUUGUGGUGUGGGUUGAUCCUCUGGAUGGUACCAAGGAAUAUACUGAAGGUCUUCUUGACAAUGUAACAGUUCUUAUUGGAAUUGCUUAUGAAGGAAAAGCCAUAGCAGGAGUUAUUAACCAGCCAUAUUACAACUACCAGAACAAUGAAAAGCAGAAGUUAAGGGAACACAGGAGUGAAGCAAAGGCAGGACCAGAUGCUGUGCUGGGAAGGACAAUCUGGGGAGUUUUAGGUUUAGGUGCCUUUGGGUUUCAGCUGAAAGAAGUGCCUGCUGGGAAACACAUUAUCACAACUACCCGGUCCCAUAACAACAAGUUGGUUAGUGACUGUGUUACUGCUAUGAACCCUGAUGACGUGCUGCGAGUGGGAGGAGCAGGAAAUAAGAUUCUUCAGCUGAUUGAAGGCAAAGCCUCUGCUUAUGUAUUUGCAAGUCCUGGAUGUAAGAAGUGGGAUACUUGUGCGCCAGAAGUUAUUUUACAUGCUGUGGGAGGCAAGUUAACCGAUAUCCAUGGAAAUGCCCUUCAGUACAACAAGGAAGUGAAGCAUAUGAACUCCGCCGGAGUCCUGGCCACGCUGAGGAAUUAUGACUACUAUGCAAGUCGAGUUCCUGAAUCUGUUAAAAAUGCACUGGUUCCUUAAAGGAAAAUCUCAUUUCCUUAGCUUGGAGAAGGACUUGGUUCUCAAAAUAAUACAUUUUAAAAUGAAUUGGAUGGAAUUACAGUUCCACCUUUACUUUAUUCAUUGUUGAUCAGCACUUUUUAUUUAGUUACUUAGGAAUAGAAAAUAGAAUUUAAAAAUGUCUCAAUUAAUUAGUUAACCAGACCAAUUUUGACAUCUGAAAGUAAAGCCAGUGUGUCAAAUUUCCUUUGCUCCUUUUAUUUGGAGAAAUGAAGGAAAGGUUUAGUUCUAACUGACUAUCCUGGUCAGUUGUUUAAUCAACAUUCCUCUUGUGUAAAUCAGAGUUCUUUAGGGCACAGAACCACAAGUUGUUACCUGCAUCUCAUGCUUGUUUUUCACAGUAAUUUUAAAAGUUUUCCUACCCCAAUCAUGAAUACAGUAAAAUGUUGUGUAUGUUGAUGAAACAGAUUUACGGGAAAAGUUUCUUUAUAAUAAAUUAUUUAAUUCCAGCUCUUCA